GUAGAUUCGAUCUGGCUAUGGAGCGCGUUCGCCGCCAUGUAGCGAAAACGUCGAGUCGAUCGCGCCUGGACCUUGAUCAUUUUGGCGGAAUGAAACUUUAAAGAAGCCGGGGGAUCCUAAGCGUUUGGCGGGGGGGAUAAAACAUGGCAGUGCGGGAGGAAGGCGAUGGCUCUCACGGUAAAAUAAGGCAGCAGCAGCAGCAGCAGUACCAGCAGUAUCAGCAGCUGCAGCAGGACGGCUUGGCCGGGGUAGACAGCUUCAGGAACGGCUACGUGAAGAGCUGCGUUACGCCGCUCAGGCAGGACCCUGCGCGCGGGAUUGUGUUCAGCGCGUGCCGCUCGUGCGGAGGCUCCCAGGCUGCGCGCGUGUCCGCUGUGUACGCGGGUGCGCUCGCGGCUCUGGUCGCGUCCUUCUUCCUAUCGCGCCGCUUUCAGAGCGCCGAGCUGCGCGCGCUUCUGUCCGGCAUCUCCCAGUCGCUCAGUCCUUUGUUCAGCAUCGGCUGCGCGCACUUCUUCCUCACCUUUUACCUGCGCCGGAGGAAGCGCGACAGCAGCCGCUGCUGGCUCCUGGCCCUGCCCGUGUCUUGCUAUCUGGGGGACUUCGCCGCGCUGCGCUUCAUGCAAUGGGGAUCCGGGGAGGACUCGCAGCAGCACAUGCACACGGCCGCCCGGUUGCUCUUCGUGCUCGGCUGCGUGGGCCUGCUCACCCUACUGCCCACCUUAAAGCUCCGGCACAGCGUGCUCGUACUCGUGUUCGCCAGUGGCGCCUGGCUGCUCGCGCACACCGGUCUGGGAUGCGUGGCUCUGUGGCUCAGGCCGCUUAUCGCGUGCGCCGCCGCCGUGUCCGGAUCUCUACUCGGCCUGGGCUUCGAUCGCUCGUAUCCGCCCAGGGAAAGCUCGGGCAGGACAUACACAGGAGGUGAGGAUCGAGUCCCGGUAGUGCGACCGAGACGCAGAUCCAGCUGUGUGUCUCUGGGAGAAACCUCCAGUAGCUAUUAUGCCAGCUGGAAGAUGCCGCGCCGACCUUCUCUACCGUGCAUUUCCAGAGAGCAGAUGAUCCUGUGGGACUGUGAUCUGAAGCAAUGGUCCAAGCCACAGUAUCAGGGUGCUGCGUUUAUGAAUGGAGUCGACUUCUCAAUGAUAAAUGAAGCAAGGAACCUGCUUUCAGAACUGCUGGUGGAUUCCUCGCUCUCACCGCACGUCCUUUCUUCGUUACAUAGCAUCAGCAGCUUGAUCGGCUCCUUCUCGGGGUCGUGCCGGCCACGUGCCAAUCCAUUUACACCCUUCCCUGGCUUCUACCCAUGUGCCGAGGCCGAGGAUCCCUCUGACAGGAUUGAAAGGAAGCCUCCAAAGGGCCUGAGCAGCAGGAACAGUCUCCCCACUCCUCAGCUGAGACGGAGCUCAGCGUCCUCAACCAUGUCUCCUCUGGAGACGCUCUCAUCCCCUCGUUGGGAGCGCAGUAACGGAAAGAGGGCUCACGCUGAGCUCAGCAGUGGCAGUCAGGGGUCAUUCUCCAACGGCCCCAACAGCAACCUGUUGACCAUCCCCAAGCAAAGAUCAUCAUCUGUUACCCUCUCGUAUGGACACACUGUGCCCAGAAGACCAGGUGCAUCUCCAAGUCUAAGUCCUCUUAGUUCUCCAGGUCACAGUUCCCCCUCGUGCCCCGGCUCCUCACUGAUCACUCGUUCUCCAGUCGAGUUCCCCGACACAGCUGACUUCCUCACCAAGCCUAGUGUCAACCUGCACAAGCCACCAGGCUAUUCACUUAGCUCACUGUGCACCAGUUGUGGCCGGCAGAUGCUCAAGGGCAGCUCUGGUGCUGAGGUGGGCGAAAGUCACAUGCCAUCAGUGCCUGACAUGCAAAGAAGAAGAUCAGUCGAGGGGACUGAGUAUGGUGAUGGACUAAUCAGGGAGGAGAGUGGUGAAGCAGAAGCUCAGGAAGAAGUAGCAGGUUCUGCAGGGAAAGCUAAAGAACCAGGCCAGCUUAGGGAAAAGGAGGAGACCUCCGGUGUGGAGGAGACCUCGUUUCAACUAAAGGAAUUUAAGCUGGACCCCAUGCUCGAGGACCACGAUGACCUGAUGGAGAAGCUGGACAGUUGGAACUUCCAGAUAUUUGAUUUGAUGGAAAAAACAGGAGGGAAGACUGGGAGGAUCCUCAGCAAUGUGGCCUACACUUUGUUCCAGGACACGGGUCUGUUAGAAAUCUUCAAAAUCCCCAUCCGGGAGUUCAUGACGUACUUCAGUGCUCUGGAGAACGGCUAUCGUGAUAUUCCAUAUCACAACCGUGUCCAUGCCACUGAUGUUCUCCAUGCGGUGUGGUACCUGACCACAAGGCCCAUUCCAGGCUUUCAGCAGAUCCAUAAUGAGCAUGUGACAGGAAGCGACACAGAUUCAGACAGUGGCAUUUCGCCAGGCAGAGUUUCCUACGCGUCGUCCAAAAGCACCUCCAUCUCGGACAGUAGUUACGGCUGCUUAGCCUGGAACGUCCCUGCCCUCGAGCUCAUGGCACUAUAUGUAGCAGCUGCUAUGCACGAUUAUGAUCACCCAGGUCGCACAAAUGCCUUUCUCGUAGCCACUAAUGCCCCUCAGGCGGUGCUAUACAACGAUCGCUCGGUUCUGGAAAACCACCAUGCUGCCGCUGCAUGGAGUCUUUUCCUGUCUCAGCCCGAGUUCAACUUCCUGUCCAACUUGGACCAUGUUGAGUUUAAGCGAUUUCGCUUUCUUGUUAUCGAGGCCAUUCUUGCAACAGAUCUAAAGAAGCACUUUGAUUUCCUAGCUGAGUUUAAUUCCAAGGUUACGGAUGUGAAUAGUCCAGGUAUUGACUGGACUAAUGAAAAUGACAGGUUGCUGGUGUGCCAAGUAUGCAUCAAGCUGGCAGAUAUUAACGGGCCGGCCAAGGAGCGCAGUCUUCACCUCAAAUGGACAGAGGGCAUUGUCAAUGAGUUUUACGAUCAGGGUGAUGAGGAAGCACGUCUGGGGUUGCCCAUCAGCCCCUUCAUGGACCGCUCCUCACCACAGCUGGCUAAACUGCAGGAAUCAUUCAUCACACAUAUUGUUGGGCCGCUGUGCAACUCGUAUGAUGCUGCUGGUCUCCUUCCAGGCUACUGGGUCGACGAUGAUGAAGGGGAUGAGGAAGAGGAUGAAGAAGAGGAAGUCGAGGACACGGAGACCGAUGAAGAACUCGAUGAGGAGAUACAGAUAAAGCCGAGGAAGAGGCAUCAACAUCUGUUCUGCAGCAUUAUGCAGCACCUGACCUACAACCACAAAGCCUGGAAGCAGAUCAUCGAAGAAGAGGAUAAGAGCAGCGAGCUGGGCCUUCAUCAGAAGCAGCACCACGAGCAACACCAGGCGGAGACUUCGAACCUCCCCCCUCCUUCCUCGUCCACGGACGACAUCCAGGUCAUCGAGGAAGAGGCCGAGGAGGAAGAGCGGCAACAGGAACGAGACUGACCCGAUUGACCAAAAACGAGGCUCGACCAGGAACCUGCAGCAAAGGACGAAACCUUCUGACCCUCCGUCGCCUCCAUUAAGACACGAACACACGCCGACGCUUAUAUUCACAGCCUGAGUUGACACGGGGAGAUUCGGUCGGAUCUUCCACACUGAAACGAGUCACUGUGACGCUAAUGCAGUUCACGUCGUGUGGAAGACAGAAAAAAAAAAAAAAGAAACAAAAGGCCUUACUACUGUGAGAGCAUCCUAUGCACUUUCGCUUAUGGAGAACGAUGAAAGAAAUGCAGGGGAAAAGGUAAAAGAAAGUAAAACGAAAACCCGUCAUGGUUGUUUGGCUGUGAUGCUGCCUUGAAUGCAGAGCUCUUAACUCUCCUGUAGGUACUUAUAAGAAUUAUUUAAAUAAAUAAAUAAAUAAAAAGCAGAAGACUUUCAAAUCAUCACUUGUUACCAAAGCGAACAGUAUAAAAAGAAAAAGAAAAAAAAAAGAAAAAAGAAAAGAAAAGGAAAAAAAAAAACACAAAGCCAAGACUAUUUUGGCUCAGUGUCAGGAAUACUCUAGAAGCAUAAAUCAAAUGUGCCUGUCUGAACUUUUUUUGGUGUGAAUUUUUUUCCCCCCGUCCAACAUGGUCCCGGUCCAGACUAUGGACGACGGCCACCGCACUGCACUGCACUGCACUGCACUGCACUGCAGUUCCCUCCUCAUGCUGGCGACACGAAACACUGUAUCACUGAACUCAGCCACUAGGACUUAACAUGGAAAUGCUGACAGAAUGACAAAAAAAAAGAGAGAACUUUUACUUCUGCAUCAUUUUAGGAUGCUUUUUUUUUACUUGUGUGUACCACCUGUCUUUCGUUUUAAUUUCCUUUGUGUGUGCUCAUAUUUUUCUUCUUAUUUUUAUCCUAUACGGGAAUGCCGAGUUGCCAAUGUCAGUUUUUUUUUUUCCUUCAGCAGUGAGUAUGAAACAGGGAUACUGUUGUAAUGAAGGGAGUUCGAAUAGAUAGCUACUCAGGAUUCACACAGAGGGCUGUUCACAGCAGAUGUGGGGGAAACGAAUUACGUUUUUUUUUUUAGUAUGAAGAACCUGAUAUUAGCUUUAUGUAGGAAGAUCGAUCGCUAUCCUGUUUAGCUCCUCAGACUCAAAUACAGAGGUGGACAAAUUGUCCAUGUACAAGUUAUCCCACAGGGAGGUCUUAUGUCUUUUAUUACACAGAAAUAUAAUAAGGUAGUAUAAUUAAAAGCUGCAGUGCAUAAUGUUUUGUCGUGAAAUAAAAAAAAACGAGGGCUGUUUAUCCGGUAGAGAAAAAUACUCUACAUUAAUGGGUCCUUGCAAUGCUGCAGGUCUGCUAUAGAAAGCCAAAGUUAUAGAAAGUCAGCUAGUGACUUUAUCAGAAGUUUAUGCCUAGUUUACACUACACGAUUUAUGCCCUGAUUUUUACUCGGCGACUGGUCGGCGCUAGAUGUGGCAGCUCAGGAGCAACUCGGCGUUCGCUCAGCGAUCAAAACUCGGCUCUCAAUCGCUAUGUGUGAACUACUCAACAACUUGAUCCGAGCGGCUUGCCGAGCACUUGCCGAGCGGUCGGCGACCGAAGAGAGAUUUCUAGCAUGCCAGAUAUCUGGAUCUGAGUUGUACAACUGGCAAUGAGUGCUAUGUCGAACAACCAAUGAGAACGCAGGGGAGGAGUGUAAAAGGUGGGACGGGGCAUAAUAUAGUUUAUAUCAGAAUACAUCGGGGCACAAGUUUACCAGUAUUUCUGACCUUAUCGUUCUCUACAAAAAAUAACACCAAGGUUGCAUUGCAAAAAAUAUUUAUUAACCUCCAACUCACUACAGAACAAUCCAAGCCAAAUCCACUCAGAUUCAUUUAUGUUUUCUCCUUGAUUUUACGCUGCACAUCAGCGCACAAACUUCGAUCGCUCGCUACUUGUUGACAUGCAUUUUUGGACGUGGUAUCAUUAAACCUUUCGUCAGUUCUCGCGUUUGUUUUCGUGACAGAACGUAGUUUGGGAGACCAGAGAAGUUUGCCUGCGAUUCCAGUUGGUGAUAGAUCGUGUAGUGUGAAACCCCCUAUCGCCGAUCAGUUGUGAAAUACACACGACUCCCGAUUACAAGAGAUCCAGUCGUGUAGUGGGAACUGUACAGCGACCCGACGACUUGAAAAGUCGUGUAGAGUGAACUUGGCAUAAAAUGUACUGUCUAUAAAAAAUGAGGAGGGGUCGUACAUUAAAUAUUUAGGACACAUUUCUAAAUGUGAGGUAUUCUAAAAAGCUCAAUUUAAAGAACAGAAAGUGAGCCAAAAUAAUGAGCCUACCAAAUAUUCCUCAAACUAUAUUAAUAAACUAGUGUCUAACAGUGCCUUAAACCAGUGGUUCUCAACUUCUUUUUCUCUUAGACCCCCCAUGAUCAAUCCCCCAAUUUUUCUCCCAAUGUAGUCGCUUCCUUUCUACUGAUGUUGACCUCCACACCUGACUGAGGAGAGCUGUGACUAAUGCACGCCCUCCUAAAAACACAUGCUAGCAUGUUUAACCACUGUGUCACCUGAGUGGGUAGCACUGUCACUUCACAACAAGAAGGUCCUGGGUUCGAUCCCCAGGUAGGGCGGUCUGGGUCCUUUCUGUGUGGAGUUUGCAUGUUCUCCCCGUGUCCAUGUGGGUUUCCUCUGGGUGCUCCGGUUUCCUCCUACAGUCCAAAGACAUGCAGCUGAGGUGAAUUGGAGAUACUAAAUUGUCCAUGACUGUUCGGUAUAACCUUGUGAACUGAUGAAUCUUGUGUAACGAGUGACUACCGUUCCUGUCAUGAAUGUAACCAAAGUGUAAAACAUGACGUUAAAAUCCUAAUAAACAAAGAAACAAACAUCAAUCCCCCAAUUUUUCUCCCAAUGUAGUCGUAUCCAAUGAGACCCCCUCUAGGCUUUAAUGUUGAGAACCACUGCUUAAACUGCUUCCUUUAUAACAGAUUUAUAAUGGGCGGAAGCUUAACAUAAAACCAUGUGAUUAAUAUUUAGGCCACAUUUACUCUACAUUGUAAACAAUAGUUAAUGAGCAAAGUUGCAGGACAUUUUUGUGUUUUAAUUUACCACAUUUUCCCUGUUAGGCUGUUUUCCCCCCAAUUUUCUCCCCUAAUCUAGUCGUAUCCAAUUACCCUGCAUCUUUUCACCUGCUCGAGGCGAGUUCAUAUGCGGACCAGCCUUGUGCACGGAGAGCUACACCCUGAUCAGCAUUAUUCCUCAACUUUGCGCAGGCACCAUCAAUCAGCCAUUAUAAGGAACCCUGGGCCGACUUAUCCCGCCCUGUGAACAACAGCCACAAAUCUGCCCAGCCCAGCCGUAUGGCAGAGCUGAGAUUUGAUACGAUGUAUUUGAAAUCCCAGCUCUGUUGUGCUAGCGUAUUUUACCGCUGCCCACCUGAGCGGCGACAGGCUAUUUUUUUGCAGUCUGCACUGACCUAAAAGAGAAAUGUGUCUCUGCACAGAAGUACAAAAUUACUUACAGCCGACAUGUUUUUAAAAAAGUUCAACAACACAGGAUAAAUAAUAAAAUGAGUUUUUAACUUUUUGCAAGGUAUAUUGAUUAAAUUGAAGUAAAUAAUUGUGGCCACUUUUGGACACAGCAUUUCGAUUAAAUGAUUCAAACUCGAGGCUCUGUUCCAAACCGCAUACCACAUUGUAUUUUAAUAUACACUGAUGAGCCAAAAAAUAGGUCCACCUGUCUAAUUUGCUGGUAGAACAGAUCUGACCUGCUGAGACAUGGACUCCACUAGAAAGAGUCUUGUUGUAUCUGGUAGCAGGAGGUUACAUUGUGAGGUGGAUCAUCCUGGAGUGCAUCCUGGCAUCACGUAUUUAAUGCACAUAUUCAUGGUCAUAUACUGUAUAUACUGUAGACUCAUAUAGAUUCAUGGUCAAAUAUAUAGACAUAAAUUUGGCAGGCAGCUGAAUUAAAACCCCUUUCUUCAGUAAUCUUGAUGGCAAACCAUUUCUGUUUCAUGUGGUUAAAAUGACUAUCCAACCACACCAAGACUCUUAGUAAUAGGCUUGCUUAGUAACAUAAGUAAGCUUAAGCUUUAGAGCCUUGUGGUUGGAUUUGCUGCAAAAGAAGAAGAAGAUAUACUUUAUUUGUCAUAUAUACAUAUACAAGUGUACAGUACAAUGAAAUUCUUUCUUCGCAUAUCCCAGCUUGUUUGGAAGCUGGGGUCAGACAUCGUACGGCGCCCCUGGAGCAGACAGGGUUAACGGCCUUGCUCAAAGACCCAACAGUGGCUGCGUAGCAGAGCCUGGAUUUGAACCGCCAAUCUUCCGGUUGAUAGCCCAAAAGCUCUACUGAUUAGGCUACCACUGUCUUUAAUUCUAGACUCCUACAUUACAGAUACACAACUUGGAUGCUUGGAUACAUUUUUAUUCUUAUUGGUUUGCCAGUUACAAAUCAUAUUAAUUCAUACGGGGGGUGUUCAGCACAAUGUAUUGACAAAUUUCCUUCUAUGAGUUGCUUGUAAGAAGUUUCUACAGAGGUUGUAAUUUCCACCAUUAUGUACUGCAGCUUUAACCAAACUGUAUGAUGAGCUAGUGAAUUGUUUAAAUGCAUUAAUAUAGACUGGCAUUAGCUUGGGAUUUAUUUGGUGAUUUUUUUUUUUGAGUCCCAGUUAAGAUAAUGCUCCUAUCCCAGACACCCAGGCUGGUGAUUCAUCUUGUUUUAAGAAGCAGGAAUCGGAAUGUAAUGCGCUAAAUGCUUAGAUAUUUUGGCAUUACUUGACAACACACUCUUUCCAUUCAUUAACUAUUAUCUUUUAAUCACACUGUAGACGCAUUAUUUUUUCCUAAAUGUAAUCAUUGCCAAACGCAGGCCAGUGCAUCAAUUUGAAGUGAUCCAGGGUUUCACCUUGAAAAAAGCUGUACACCGUUUUUCUAUUUUUUUAAAAUCCUUCAUCAUAAGGCAGGUUUAAUACUAAUAGUUCUCUCUCUCCAUAUAUAUACAUAUAUAUAUAUAUAUAUAUAUUUUUUUGUCUGAAGCAAGAAUUCUAGGCAUUCCACUAGAAGAAAGUACGAGGGGAGUGACGUGCUCCUCUCUGUCAUUGCAUUCGGUCUGGAGAGGAAAGUUCUCAAGUAGGCAAUGUACAUCAAGCUAGUAUAUUUAAAAAGAAAAAAAAAAUCAUGUGCACAUUUUACUACCAAACAAGUGUUUAAUCUCUGCACAGAAAGAGUAUCUGCAUAUAUAAAUAUAUAUAUUAUAUAUUUUUUAAUUAAUUAACCGAAUGCGUCUGUUUUCUACAUACAGCCGACAAACUGUAUACUGUACAUUGAGAACCUGUAAUUAUCAUCUUGUUUCCAGAGUUUUUAAUCUAAUACUAUUUACAGAUGUGAAUGUGUUUGGGUGUGGUGUUAUUAUUAUUAUUAUUAUUAUUAUUAAUUUAGGGUGCACUGUCUCUGUGUUUCUGUGCAUAACCACUUUGCUGAGAACCCCUUUUCUCUUCUAAAGCUGGAUGCUCUGAGUCAGCUCUUGCGACAGAGCCAAACCCCCCGCUUCACUUUUUCCUCCCUCCUCCCUGUCCCAUCUGUCUUUUCCAUCUUUUCCAUCUCUUCCACUGCGGAUUUGUUUUGUCAUGCACUUCAGUACAUGUUCUUAAGUUUCUGGAGCUCCGGUCAUCGCGUCCAGUGUCCCCGUAACCUCCCUUCACACACUCCUCUGUGCUGCUUCAUACAUACCUGCUUUUUUUCACCGUGUGGUUUUCCUCUGCACUACUGUGGCCUCUCACAUGCUUGUCCUUAUUUCAUUUAGGAACAGCUGUCACUUUUUUAUGUAGCAGCUAGGAUAGCAAUGUCUGAUGUAACCAUUUCAGUCUUUUGUUUGUGGGGUCUUUCUUUUCCAUUGUUAUUUAUAGCUGUCCAUAAAACACCAUCCCUGAAAAAUAA